CGGUUGCAAAAGCAAGUGUGUCGCAACAUUUUUUUGUGUGUUGUUCAAAGAAUCAAAGACACAGACAAAGUGCUCUUUAUCACCAACAAACCAGAAAAAGAACGGUGACCGACUCGAAGGAAGAACAGAAAGUCAAUUCGCGAGUAGAUCCGAUUUUUAGCCAUGGCAUCAAGAAAGUUUUUCGUAGGUGGUAACUGGAAAAUGAAUGGAGAUCGCGAGAGUAUUGGAUCACUUGUGCAGGUUCUCAACAAUGGUGAAUUCAAUCCUACUGAAACAGAAGUCGUCGUCGCACCGCCAAUGCUCUACGUUGGCUUGGUUCAGCAGUCCCUACGCCCAGAGAUCGCAGUGUCUGUGCAAACCUGCCAUGCAGCAGCUAAGGGAGCAUUCACCGGCGAAAUUAGUCCUCAGAUGGCAUUGGAUGUCGGUGCGCAAUGGGCAAUCAUUGGCCAUUCGGAGCGGCGCAAUGUCUUUGGCGAAAGCGAUGCGCUCAUCGCCCAGAAGGUAAAGUUUGCUCUGGAGUCCGGCCUUAAGGUGAUGUUCUGCAUUGGUGAGCUGCUGGAGCAGCGUGAGGCUGGCCUCACCAGCGAGGUGGUCAUCAGGCAGAUGGAGGAAGUUCGCAAUGCCAUCAGCCUGGCCGCAUGGCAGAAUGUUGUUGUUGCAUAUGAGCCUGUCUGGGCUAUAGGCACUGGCAAGACUGCUACACCCGAACAGGCACAGGAGGUCCAUCACCAGCUGCGUGAGUGGAUGGCUGCACAACUAUCCGCAGAGCUUGCCUCAGUGACCCGCAUCAUUUAUGGAGGCUCCGUCAAUGCCAAUAACUGCAGGGACCUUGCCAAGCAGGAAGACAUCGACGGCUUUCUUGUUGGUGGAGCUUCCCUGAAGCCAGAUUUCAUCACCAUCAUCAAUGCACAGUCGUAAUUGAUUUGAUCCACUGCCCUGUUGCCUGCACGAAUUUCCAGAUGAACAUUCGCUGACUGAUGCUCAUCUACGCGUAUUUUCCCGGGGACACCUAGUGCCUCGUCCAUAGCCCUUUUGGCCAGCUCUAUUUCUGGUUGGAGGUAGUCAUGUCACCGUAUUUUUAGCCAGGCGACCCGCUAACUGCACAUCUGUGCUGAAGUGCCCUCGCCGCUUAUUCUUUUCAAUACUAUUUACGAAUUUCACGCUUUAAUAGUUGCAGUAGACUGCACAUUCGCUGCCAUGUUUUUUUUGUCAGAGCACAUCAUGCUCUGCUAAUGGCACAGUACUGGUGUCUAGUCUACUGUUAGGUGUUACUGCUAAUUCUAGCUCUGAAAACAUGUAUGUCAAGAAGUCCAGUCCUGUUUAGGCAUGUCAUGUCUGUGUUAGCAUUCACUAUCAAUUCUUUUAUCUUCCUCAUCUUCAGCUAACAGUAUGCUGCCAUUGUGGCCGUAAUUUCGAACGGUUUCCACGAGAAAUUAGCACAGUAUCGAUACCAAGCGUACAGAACCCCCAUGGGUUAUGUACUCUUGUCGAUACUAGUACCUUG